CAUACUACAUCAAAAUGAUCGCUAAGUUCGCCGUAAUUCUCUGCCUGGUCGGCUUGGCUUGCGCCGGCGGCUGGGGUGGUGGCCUAGGCUACGGCUCAGGCCUUGGCUACUCCUCAGGCCUCGGCUACGGCCUCGGGUAUUCCGGCUACGUAGCACCCGCAUACACAGCUCCCAUCGUCACUAAGGCCGUUGUUGCGGCUCCCAUUGUAACCAAAGCGGUUAUCCCUGCAGUUUCGUAUGCACCAGCGGUUUCUACCGUCUCCCGUUACCAAGUACACUCGUCUCCUAUUGUGAAGUCUUAUGUAGCUCCUGCUGUGUCUUACGCGUCUUAUGCUUCUCCUUACUCUGUUUCUUACGGUGGCCAUGGAUACGGUGGUCUUGGGUACGCCGGCUACGGAGGCCUCGGCCACGGUUACUCUUCCAAGUACCUUUGGUAAGAUGACGGACAGAAAUUGUAUAUAUGUACUUAGCAAAAUUGAUCACUCUGUAUCUUGUUGUAAAUUGUAAAUAUUAUUGUACUUCUCUCUGUAUAGUAUGGCUGUUUUAAUUUAUAGCAGAUUUAUGUUUCUUUUUUUAUGUGUUCAAUAAAUU